CUGACACGCAGCGCGCUCACUGCUCGCUGCUCGCUGCUCCGGAGUCUCUCAGCAUGUCUGAAAACCAGCGGGGUGUCGUGUAUCUCAUCACCGGGGGAUGCGGUUUCCUCGGCAGGCACUUGCUGAAGAUUUUACUGGAGAAGGAGGUCGAUCUGGUGGAGAUCCGGGUGUUCGACAAACACGUAGAUUCAAGCCUAGAUGGACUCAGCACAGCAAAAACAAAGGUAGUGGUCAUUCAGGGCGACGUCACAGACUACAGCAGCGUGUUAGAGGCCUCCCGGGGGGCUGACGUUGUUAUCCACAGUGCAAGCUUGGUGGAUGUUUGGCACAGAGUCCCAGAUACCGUCAUCUACUCCGUCAAUGUCACAGGAACGGAAAAUGUGAUCAAUGCCUGUGUGGAGUGUGGCAUCCAGUCCCUGCUGUACACCAGCAGCAUGGAGGUGGUCGGCCCGAACGUGAAAGGAGAUCAUUUUGUCAGGGGCAAUGAAGACACCCCUUACAAUGUGUACCACACCAUGCCCUACCCCAAGACCAAGGCAAAGGCAGAGAAGAUCGUACUUGAAGCUAAUGGCACCAAGGUGAAGGGUGGGAAGUGUUUAAACACAUGCUCCCUGAGGCCGACAGGGAUCUAUGGCGAGGGGCACGAGCUAAUUAAGGACUUCUACAAGCAGGGUGUACAAAGGGGAGGUUUGAUCAUCGGGGGUGUCCCUGAUGAAACUGAACAUGGACGAGUCUAUGCAGGUAACGUUGCCUGGAUGCAUGUUCUUGCAGCCCGGGCCCUGAGAGAGCGCCCACAGGCUGUCGGAGGUGAAGCUUUCUUUUGCUACGAUGACUCGCCCUACAAGAGCUAUGAGGAUUUCAACAUGCUUUUCCUCUCCGCAUUUAACUUCCGGAGGGUCCGCAUGCCGUUAAUGUUGCUCUGGUUCCUGGCUGUGUUUAAUGACAUGCUCCGCUGGAUACUGAGCCCCUUUACUAACUAUACACCGUUGCUUAAUGGUUACACCUUCGCCGUUGCAAGUACCUCCUUCACCGUGUCCACAAACAAAGCACUACGUCACUUUGAGUACCGCCCGCUGUUUGACUGGGAUCAAUGUCGUGCCCACACACAGAAAUGGGUUGACACAUUUCCUGGAUAAACCCAAAGUCUCUUAAUGUGACCUCAACCACUACAACACACAUCAGGAGCUGCUAUGUAGAGACGCAGCGCUCCUGAUAGAUGUGUAAAGAAGUCCUGAGCUUUUAGAUUACAGCGUAAAGUAAAGGAAAGCAAACAGUAUUUAUGGUAGAAAAAUGUCAUUUGAAUCUUUUGUUAGUCUGUGUUAUACUCACUUAUAACUGCUAAGUUAUACAGGAAACAUAAUAAAAGCAUUUGCUCGAUGAGGCAAAAACAUUUUAUCCUUAUUUAAAAGAAAGUCAGAUGAAUUAUUUAAUUCCACAGGAUUCAUUUCACAGACUAUAUAGAUGUUCAACUUUGUUAAUUAUGACAAUUGUU